CCACGGGGCUCGAAAGGGGGAAGACACACGCUGCUAACACCGCCAUGGGCUUGUCGACGUUGCCGCCUGCUCGUCUCCACCUCUGUCUCAUCCUCCUCUCAGCGUCUGCCCUCCCUCGGUCUCUGUCUCUCCCUGGCUCCACCAGGCUGAAGGGCGACAAGCAGACGGCAGAUCAUCUCGGCAGCGCCGCGGCAUUCAUCGGUGUUCAUCCCUUCGGCAAUCGAUCACUGCAAAGGAGGGUGCAGGUGGCGAUUGGCGCAGGAGGUCAGCCUGACAGGGAGGAGACAACCAGGGCGGCGAAGAAACACGAGUGUAAGGUGAAGCUUCACCACACACACACACGCACGCGAUGAGUGCAUGGCAUGCAAUGGAUGCAUCCUGCGUGGUGGCUCUGGCUUUUCUCAGCACGUAAGAGGCACGUCCACCACAGCUUAUUGCUGCCCCUUUCGCCGUCCUUUGUCACCGGCAAGCUUAGUGCGGGCAACAACAGCUGCCAGAGGGCAAUGGAGCAGGGCGUGUCUCUGUUUGCCAAACCGCAAUACGUUCUUGUCAACGAGAUGACACAGCGAGUCCGACGGUGGAAGGACGCCAACGCUCUCAAAGACUUCUCCGCCGCCUUUGUGCCGCUGGAAGAACCAGGGCUGUCAACGAGCCCUCACUUCUCCAUUGGGUUGGCACGAUGACAGAGACAGAUCAAAGCAAUCGUUGUUUCACUCUCUCCCUCUCUCUCUGUGUUUGUGUGUCCAGGUUUGGUGUUCGUUUCUCUGGCGGAGGUGAGGGCAGGGGAGGCACCUUCCUGCAGUCUGGUCUGUCUUGCCUCCCCCUCAUGCCCGACAGGCAGCCUGCUACAGCCCCUCCUUCACCCCAGGGUGUGUCUCUCUUCCUUCUCUUUGACAUCACUGAUGAGAGCGCUGACAGGCGAAACGUCAUAUUUGACUCCGGUGGCCUGGCCUCCUCUGAAUCGGUCCAGCGAUGAUCAAUCAUUUCCGCGUCGAUGGCUGUUUGUCCGUCAGGUGCUGGAUUUCAGGUCGUGACUGAGCCCGACAGUGCCAGCUCCAGUGCUCAAGGCAGCAGCGGACGCACUGUUCUCUUCGGUGUACGAUGCGUGAGGGCACCUGGACCGAACCAGACGGAGACGGACGUGCUGGAUGCUGAUGCGUGGCAGUCUGUGACGGUGCGGACGUCCUAUGGAAGGCCCACGCUUUACUCGAUCCUCUUGGAGCCAUCCAAGGUUCAGGGCAAAAUGACGGUACGGUGUGCGCGGAAGGAGUGAGCGAGAUUGCAGCAGUGUGGCGUCUGUGGGCUGUUUGUGUCUGUCGUCAGGUGCACAUAUGUCGUGAGACCCCCUCUGGCAAGUAUGAGAGCUGGCCAUGUCUGACGCCAAACCCGGACACCACCCCUCCCCCGAUGGGCAACCUGAUAGCUCCUCCCCCCUCCCUGCGACAACCCGCCCGCAUGACCGUCGGCUGCAACACUAACGGCACCGAGUGCUUCCAAGGGGUGCUGGAGACGUUCCUGCUCCGCUACAAAUGGAUCAACCCACGCUCACAGGCCUUCUCUCUCCCCUCCUCACGGCCGCUCUCGGAGGCCUUCGUCGAAGGUAUCAGCUUCAUCCAGCAGCAGCAAGACCCCCCACAGAAGAGUGAUUUGACGAGGGUUGGGCAGGACCUUAACAGUGUGCUGGGCCGCAAGACGGUCUGCGGCAAUGGGAUAGUGGAGCAAGGCGAAGAGUGCGACGCGGCCGAGGCCUGCGGGGCGCAGGCGGGGUGUUCGUGCGCCUGUGAGAAGCUCUGUGAGACAUGGGGCAGCUACCAGGACAAACAGGGCUUCACCAGCCGACACCUGCUGACGCUGCACGACGAGGGCACCACGGGCAGCUUCCAGGGCGACUACCGCAUGAUCGGCUGCGGAGAGGGCUUCAGCUGCGCAGACAGGACCAAGCCGAAGGAGAAGAUCGUGUGUGGUCAGGGCGGCAAGUGGGCGGACGCCACACUCGACUGCCGACAGGACUGCGUCGUGCCUUUCGACAAGUCGCCCCGCUACGAGCCAUCCCUCGCCGUGUUGACCAACCCACCCAAUGACACCAAGCACGGCACCGUCUUGGAUGUUGGCUGCAAGGGCGGCACAGACCUCGAGGAGAGCCUCCCGGCCUCCUUGGCUCGCGACAAGACCAAGUGCCUGGACGGCGAGUGGACCCCUGUCGGCCUUCGGUGUCAUGCUAUGUGCCCCGAGUACCCUGACCUCGGUGUAUCGGUGUAUAAGGUGACCCCGGCCCGAGGGUCUGGAUCGCUCAAGUAUGGUGCGACGCGGACCAUCGAGUGCGAGCCGCCCUACGUGCCGAUGGCUGGGCCGAUGCGGGAUGUGGUUUACUGUCUCAAUGGCAACUGGACCAGGCGCACCAUCCACUGUGCGAAGGGUUGCGACACCUGGAUCCCUGUGUCACAUACCGUCAUCGUGCGGACUUCGGCCACCACAGAGUCGGCCGUGGAUGGAUCCAAGAAGCACCAGCUCAACCAGGUAUUCAUUAUCCACACACAAUUAUGUCUCUCAGUCAGACGGAAAAGACUGUUUCUCCGUCCUUUCCUCUCUCUGCUGGGUGGAUUGGAUGCAGGUGACAGGACCUCACCACUGGAUUGACGUGGGCUGCGACCCGCAGACGUCCUCCCCCUCCUGCCGCAAAGCCGCCAGACCCGGCUGUGUGGAGGACCCUCAGCGCAUCUUCUGUAUUGAGGAGAAGUGGACGCCGCCGCUCCGCCUGCAGUGCAUCGAGAACUGCCCCGGGUACGACGAGUUCCCCCUCAACAAAGACCCAACGGUGGCCCAGCGGUAUGAAAUAGCCUUUGGCGGCAACAGACACGGCGACGUGACGGUGGUGAGGUGUCGGGAGGGGUAUGACAGCGUCAUAGGGGGGAUGGGGAUGGGGCUGGAGGAGGACCGUGUGCGGUGCUGGUACUCCCACUACGAGCACGUCACCAUCCAGUGCCUCCGUAAGAGACACAGACAGACACGGCAGGCGGCAGAGGGCGCCUCUGAGAGAGGAAUUGCCUGUCGUUCAGAGAGGUGUGGGCCAUAUACGCGUCUGCCUGACGGCUUCAUCGUCCGCGGUGACGGGACGAGACACGGUGACACCCGCACCCUCCAGUGUGACGCAGACAAGGGGUUUUUGCCACUCAUCGACACAUCACAACAUGAGGGGCAGGGAGGGACGGAGAUCCACAACACCGAGACCGUGACAUGCAUCGACGGCUACUGGUCGCCACGUACUCUGCAAUGCAGACGUAGGCCACACAGACAUGGAUGAUCGAGGCAGGCUUCUUGUCUGUGUGCGUGUCUACAUGUGUCGCUCGUUCACUCGUUUGCCCUCAGACAGUUGUUCGAACAAGUUUCCCUCUCAGCUGUGCCUCCAGCCUGCCGGGAGCCUCAAGUGCGAGGGGCUAUACGUCAUCGCACUCAAUCACACCAACACUGGCAGACCGCCCACCGAAAUGCCACAGACAUUCCACCCGGGAUCAACGAUACUCUUCAGGUACUGAUGCCUGACACAAAAGGAUGGCUGUCGGUAACCGUGUGUGCGUGUGUGCAGCUGCGACCGCUCGCGCGCCUUCUCUCCCGACGGUGAGGACCCCCUCACCCCUGACAGCGAGCGGAUUGAGCCCCAUGUGCUUCGAUGUCUCGGCGACGCAGACCCCCAAAACGCAUGGACGGCAUUCCACCUCACCUGCAGGCGUAAGCACGGGCCAGGCAGGGGAAGCCGCAUCCGCCUUAAUUGCUGUGUGCCUCCCCUUCUACGCGUCGAUGGGUGCAGGGGCCUGCCCUACGUCAGCUUUCAUCCGGCUAGGUGCCCGUUUUCAGCAGCGUUGGGCAGCCGAGUGGGUCGACACACGAUACGAAGGCAAGUCGUGGCGGUACUCGCAGCUGGUGGAAGCACAGGCCAACCACGAGCUGCCGCCCUACCUGGCACACAACAGCCGCGUCUCCAUCACAUGCGCCGAGGGGUACACCAGCCGGGACGCCGCGCAGCGGGUGGGGGAGGGGGUCGAGGGGAGUGAGGAGAUCACGUGCUACGACGGACGCCUUGAACCCACGCCCACACUCGAUUGCGCACGUACUAACAAAUUGCAUGACAGGCUGGAGACGGAUCAUUCAUUCAUUGUCCCUUUCUGCGUUUCAGGCGCGUGUGGGCCAUUUCGCCCUCUGGGGUCGGCCUAUGCGGUCGAGUCCUUUCCAUACGCUGGCGCGAACUUCCAUGGGGCGCGUCGGCACAUCAAGUGUUCCCCUGGAGCUGACGCGCUGACCGAGGCGACGGAAGCAGUCAGCGAGUGCCAAGACGGCACGUGGGACGACUUCACCCUACUCUGUGAACGUACUUAUUACGAAUGAACACAGCACAGCACAGCACAGCAUACUCGAGAGGCGAUUUCCCAUUCCUCUCUGUGCGUGUGUGGUUGCCUGGUGUGUCUGUGUGUCAAUAUGUCUGUCUGUCAGGUAGCUGUCCUCCCCUGGCUGACCUGGAUGGCAAUCGCUACGUCCUGACGCAGACCAUCAAGGGCAAGCGCGACGCGGCCAAGGGUGCGGGCGCCACCUAUGAGAUCAGGUGUCAGGGCGACCUGUACCCAAGCACCGGGGAGAGCCCCUACAUCGUCAAGUGCGAAGAAGGUGACUUUACGCCCAUCCUCAUGACUUGCGGACGUAAGCCACUCACUCCCCUCACCCACCCAACGAUGCGCACGACAGACAGUAAGUAUCACUGACCCCCUCCUUCCCUCUCGUGCACGUCACGCAGGAAACUGCCAGGGUCCGCCUUUCUACUCGUCUCGGUAUCGUUGGCGUUGGGUGUCGCCUCCCUCGGGGCCCACACCCGCCUGGCACCACAUGGCCAGAGUCAACCUCACAUGCGCACCGGGGCAGUCGGCCGUCAGGAGCGAGCACGGCUAUGAAAUACUGGCCUGCAUCGACGGACAGUACACCAAACGGACACUCGUGUGCAGGCGUAUGUGAGACAAGCAAGGGAUGACAGACAGGACGGCAGGGCAGGGCAGGGCAGGACAGGACAGACACACACACACACACAUGGUCCUGGGUGUGUCUGUCCUGGGUGUGUGUUGUGCAGGGGACUGUCCGGCGGAGUACCCUUUGAGGCCAGGCUAUACAGUGGCAGCAGGGUCGGCGUCUGUGGCCUACCCUGCGCCCGGUCCCGUCCCCCACGACACCGUCCGUCGCAUCGAGUGCGACACAGACAAUCACUUCCGGGCUGUCGAAGGCGCGACGGAGGAGGGCGGGGCAGCCGAGGUUAAGUGCAUCGACGGAGAAUGGACAUUCAUGCCUCUUGUCUGCAGACGUAAGCAGGCGUGGUGGUGAGAGAGGGCACACAUGCACCGCACCCACACAUCCAUCCAUCAGAUGCACACAUUUCUGUCUGUCUGUAUGAUUGACAUGCUUGCAUGUCCAGAGGACUGUCCGUUCCUGCAGCUGGCCGAGACACCGUCGGACGGCCACCGUGAGGGCUUCUGCUACAUCCCCUUCCAGUACGAACUGCUCGACCCCAAGGCCGUCAUGCCCUUCGCAUACAUGCCCUCAAUCGACGGCACCAUCGACACAGACACACUUGCAGCCGCCACACAAAACAACACUAAUACCAAUAGCAAUGGGACAGUCAUCCCCCCAACCACCAAUGUGUCGCUGCUGGCACAGAGGGAAGACCCAGACCCACCGACUAAUGCCAAUGCCACCACACCCACGCCCGCACCCAACGGCACUGUCGACGACAUCCUGCAGGCCCUCCUCGGGCCGGACUUUAAUGCCACAACACUCGACAGCAAUGCCACAGCAGGAGGACUGGAGCUGUCACAGCCGCGAUCCAUCUACGACUUGGACCCCUUCUACGCCAUACGGCUCGUCAUUUGAACCGGCCAUGGCCACCCCACGGGCUGG